AUGUUGAAUAUUUUCCUCGGGAGAGCCGAUUCACCGAACUAUAGAGUAGUCACCCCUCCAAGCGGAGAGCUACAAACCCUUAUCGUCAAGCCAGAGACCGAAAGUGUACGACCAUAUGUGGCCGGCGCUGUCUUCCGCAACAUCCGUUUUGACCAAGCUCGAUACAAUUCGUUCAUUGCCCUGCAGGAUAAACUUCACCAGAAUAUCGCCAGACAGAGGACAUUGGUCUCUAUCGGAACACAUGACCUUGACACCAUUCAGGGCCCCUUCACAUAUGAGGCUUUGCCACCAAAGGAUAUUAAAUUUAUCCCUCUAAACCAGACCAAGUGCAUGGAUGGCGAGGAGUUGAUGGAAUUCUAUGAAAAGGACAAAAACUUGGGCAAAUACUUGCAUAUAAUUCGUGAUUCACCCGUAUACCCAGUUAUCUACGAUUCGAAGCGAACCGUCUGCUCCCUACCACCAAUCAUUAACGGGGACCAUUCAAAGAUAACGCUGAAUACUAGAAAUGUUUUCAUGGAAAUCACUGCUACAGAUAAGACCAAGCUGGAAGUCGUGAACAACAUCAUGGUCACCAUGUUCUCCCAAUGCACAGAUGAGCCAUUCACAAUUGAGCCUAUCAAAAUUGUUUCUGAGCAUAAUGGGGAAUCACGACAAGUUCCAACACUUGAGCCAAGGACAACACAGGCUAGCAUAGCUUAUAUCAACCAAUGCACCGGUCUAUCCCUUUCUGGCCCUGAAACCUGCAAAUUGCUUAAGAAAAUGGCUCUUUCGGCUAAGGUCUCUGAGACAUCUGACGAUACUCUUGACGUUACAAUCCCUGUUACCCGAGCAGACAUUCUCCAUCAAGCUGACAUCAUGGAGGAUGUUGCAAUUGCACAUGGUUUCAACGAACUUCCAAGAUCUUUCCCUAGCAAGUCUGGCACAAUUGCCCAACCUCUUCCAAUCAACAAAUUAGGGGACAUAAUUAGAGGAGAGGCUGCCAUGGCAGGGUGGACGGAAGUGCUCACUUUUGCUCUAUGCUCACACGACGAGAACUUUUCCUGGGUUAACCGCAAAGACGACGGGACGACAGCCGUCAAGCUCGCCAAUCCCAAAACAGUCGAAUUCCAGGUUGUUCGAACAAGCCUCUUGCCGGGCUUGUUGAAAACUAUCCGUGAAAACAAGAAUCACAGUCUCCCCAUAAAGAUUUUCGAGGUCAGUGAUGUAGGGCUUAAAGACCUCUCGCUUGAGAGAAAGAGUCGCAACGAACGACACUUCGCUGCAGCCUGGUACGGGAAAACAAGUGGUUUCGAGGUUGUUCAUGGUCUACUAGACAAGGUCAUGAUGAUGAUGAAGAGCGGUUUCAUUGUUGGGGAAGAAGGGUUGGAUAACGCUGCUGUUAAGGGGUCUCAGUACUGGAUCGAGGAGCUCGAUGUCCUUGAAAAUUUCGACUUGAGGCAUCCCGUGAGCGCCUUGGAAAUUAACAUUGAAACUCUCCUGUAA